AUGUCGUCGGUGUCCUCAACCAUUGGAAAGAGCAGCGGCCGCACCCGCCCGGCAGCGCUGACGGCCUGUGAGGCGUGUCGCAAGCUCAAGAUGCGGUGCAUCCGGCCCACAGAACAGGGCGCCGGUGAGCCCUGCGAGCGGUGUCGACGAAACAAACGCGCCUGCACCAUUCCCGAGACUCGGCCACUGGGACGGCGUCACGGCGCCACGGGUCGGUACCACGGCCUUGAGAAGGCCUACCGCCGCAUGCAGACAGAGCUCAGAGAGGCACAGAUGCGAGGGGAUAUGCAGGGCGCCUCCGCAGUCGGUGCUGCAACUGUCGAGGCGGCCAUUGAAGAGACACUGCAGGACCUGCCAGGCUUGCCCGAUAUGGUUGAUGUAUCGGAGAUCCCAGCUGUCCCGGAAGUAUCAGAUUUUACGGACACCACAGAAUUGGACGUAUGUCACGUCACGGACGUGCCAACCAUCACGGCCGUUCCAGGCGUGCCAAUUGCGCCACCCGACACCCGAGACCGUCAAGAAUCUGGCAUCAUGGCCGACAUGCCGAUCGACCUCGUCUCGCCCGUACAGGCCGAUCCCGAGCCCGACCCGGAGCCCAUGAGCAAUCCCUUGGCUCUGCUGGCCGACGCCUCGUCGGACGCGGCAAAUGCACUCGUCGAGGCCACGGGCGACGUUGAAGACAAUACAGACACCAGCAUCCAUUCCAGUAUCGGCAUUGGUCGGCGGAUGCUGCGCCGGCCCGGCUACGUCUCGCUCGGCCUGCGCCUCAGUCGCGACGCGCUCGAGCAGGGCCUGGACGCGCUCUUUGCGCCGAAGCCCGCGGCUCGGUCACACGCCAACUACUUUAAGCGACCGCAGCGGGCCCCGCUACGCGACGUCGGGCCCGACGUUGACCCAGUCGAUUUGGGAUUGGUGACGAUGGACGAGGCCGCCACGCUCUUUCCUCUGUACUUUUCGCGCCUGCACCCCAUUAACGGCAUUUUGGAUCCCAUCCUACACACCCCCGCGUUUGUGCGCGCGCGCUCCGCCUUGCUGUUCACGUGGAUCCUGGCCCUCACGGCCCAGUUUGACCACGGGCCGGCGUCGGCCGCGAUUGCCAAGAGGCUGCGGCUGCACGGCGAGAAGCUGUCGCACCAUGUCCACGCCUGCGGGUUGAAGAGCGUCGAAAUUGUGCAGGGCUACUACAUUUCGCUGCUGUCGGCCAACCCGGCGGCGACGCUGGCCGAGGAGUGCAGUUGGCUGUACACCAUGUACGCGUUUGGCCUGGGAUCGGAGCUGGGACUUGACCGCGAGGAAGAGUCGCCAGCACCAAAGGCAGCGGAGGCAAUGGAGACGACGCAUGCGGCCGAGUCCGAUGGGGAACUGGCUGGCCGGUUGGCUCGUAACCGCCAGCGCACGUGGCUGCGGAUCCUGCUGUGGGAACGCGCCAACUCGGCUGCCCGCGGCCGCAUGCACAGCUUCCCCGAAACAGAUCUGACGCUCAAUGUCGACCGCUGGUGGCGCCACCCGCUGGCCCACCCGGCUGACAAGCACACCUGCGCGUUUAUUCUGCUCCGACGAACACUGGCCGACCUGCAGCGUGACAUUCGCCGGCAGGCAUCCUCGUCCCACACGGACGCCCACUGGGUGUGCAACCUCGUCGACACCACGUUGCAGCCGUGGCGCGAGGCGUGGCUGCCGCCCGACGACGACGUGAACAGUGACGUGGCCGACGCGUAUCUGCUGCACGUCUUUUUGCACGGCCGUCUUUGGACGCUCUCGUUUGCGUUGCACCGGUCCAUCAGCUGCGACCCCACGCAGCUGCACGCCAUCCGCCAUGACUGCUUCGAGGCGGCUGUGGGCUGCUGUGAGGCCGCCGUGCGUGACCUGCAGGCGCUCGGUGAGCCGUUGUACUGCAUGCUGGCGCCGACGUGGGCCAUGAUAUCGUAUGCUAGUGUGCUGGCCCUGUCGCUGUUUCCUACGCUCUACGGCGGCAGCCGUCGAGGGACUUCUAGCAGUCCUGGCAAUACUGGUCACGACAACGGCUACGCGGCUGCCGAUACCGCCUCUGCCGACAGCGAGUUGCUAGCUCUGGUUAGCCAAGUGGCGCUGCAACUAGAGCGGGCUGGCACCACUCCCUCCCACCGCUACGGCAUCGCGGCUCUGAUGGGCCACCACCUCGAGUCCAUCCUGCGUACGCGCCUGCACACGCGCAGUUUGUCGGUGGAACCAGUGCAGCAGCAGCCUCAGCAACAGCCCCACCCAUCGCAUCAGGUGCUACAACUGCCCAUGACAAUGGCGCUGUGUGGCUAUCAACACCGACCCUACCCAUCGUAUCAGAAUCCACAGAUCGAUAUUGGCACCGCCGAUAUGGAGAGCUGGUCCGGCAAGACGACGUUUUACGACGGCAGCCAUGACACCAUUGCGGGCAUGACACCAUCCGUGGUUGAUUCCAGCGCCUCGGUGUACAAUCCGUUCUGGACAACAGCUGUCAUGUCCACCGAGGGCGACCUAACAGGCGAAGGAUUCGCGGACCGCUUCCGAGACAUGUUUGGGCCGGGAUACGGGGGUGUCUUUUGA